GUCUAUUUUCGAUUGAUGCUCCCUUGCUCGCUUCCUACGGGUCGCAUCACUUGUUCGUCCUGGGCGCUGUAGUUCCUGCUUCAUGCUUGAUGACUUCCAUUCUCAGACAGGACCUGAAUUAGUUCAGAAAGCCUUAUGAAUGGUGUUAAAGCACCAGGUGCUUCCUCGCAGCGACAGCGAGGCUUGUGCCACUGGUACCGUGCAAUGUUGUGCAUCUACUCAGAGCGAAACGACUUGAGUCCCAGUGUUACGGGCCUCUUGGGUUCCCUUGGAGUCGACAUUAGCACCCUCACCGGCAAUAUCGGUCUGACUUGCAGCACUAUCGCUGUCAUUGGCCCUAUCAGCGUAACCCAAUGCAACAACCAAGUUGUCUGCUGCAGUAAUAACACAUUUAACGGCGUCGUUGCCCUCGGCUGCAACCCAAUCAAUACCGGCCUCUGAGAAAGUUUGCGAGUGGGAAUUUUUGCGAGGUCAGAGAACGGUGCGGAGGUUAG